GGGCGGACUGGCGCUGGGAGCAUGAAGGUUGUGCGGUGCGAGACGGACUGAGGAGCGGGCGUGAUGUUCGGCAACAGCUGAUGCCUUCAGCGACCGGCGAAAUGAUCCAGGUUUGGGAAUGCUGAUUGAAUCCAAUGAAGGAAAAGGCAUAGCGAGUUCUGCUACUGGGAGCUGCACUCAGGACAACGAAAAUGUUGUGGGAUUUCACCAGAGCCAUCUAUUUAAGUCUUCUUGGGGCACUGGUCACUGCAGACUCACUCUGCAUCCAUCUGGAGGAACUUCACAACAAGCUGCAGUACAGGCAACGGGUCAAGUACAUGAAAGAUUACUUUCCGAUUAACUACUCCGUACAAGUUCACUAUGAAGAUAUAUAUCGAACGAUAAAUGUUACUUGGAUGAGGAACAAAGGUUUUAACGAAGUUGACCUGAAGCUGUUAUGGAUUUACAUCAAUUCUCAAGUGUUGGAGACAAUCCUUGAAGUUCUUCCAAAAAGACACCCAUCUCGAACUUACGUGGAGGACAUUGCUAUGCUGCUAACUUACCUGAGGAUGGGUGUGGAAGAAAUGAUUGAAGACAUUGAGGACGAGCGGGUGGAGGAAAUACUCUGUCGAAUCAGUGACAUGGACAUGGAAAGCAGGAAACGGCGAAUCCGGCCCAAGGCCUUGUUUGAUAACUGCUACCGAGUAUUGAAACAGAUCUUCCAUUGCAACUGGGUUCCGUGACAGAGCCACCCAACUCCUGCAUCGUCGCCGUCAGAAAGAAAGGCACCUGCUCUGCCAGGCUUUAUACUCCCUCGUUGACAUCAGAAGCAUCCGAGACAGUUACGCCUGCUGUCGCCCGGGUACUCAUGGAGAUGCAGGACUGGGUUGCGUUUGGCGGAAGGAUCAUGACGGACUCACCGACGAAGACCUGUGGAUAGUGACCAAUUUGCUAACUUUCCCAGACCCCCAUCCGCAUCCCCAUUCCAGUGUCCCUUUUGGCUUUUGUCCCUUUUGUAAGUAUUUGACCUGGUCAAGUUGUUUUACAGCUCUCUGUCCAUACACUGUAAACACUAAGUUUGAUAGCUCCUCCCUCCACCUGACUUGCCAACUAUUCACAAAAUUCUCCUGUGAUUCAGGAUACCAGUAAGCCCAAUUCUAUAUCAUGACUAGAAUGAUUAUAGUGCCUGGUCAAAGCAGGAAGCCGAAAAACUGGAACUCUCUCAAGGAGUAAUGUUAAUGGCUCAUCUAGACUUGAAAAACUGGCCAGAACAGCAGAGGGGCAUGGGUUGGACACUGGAACCUGACUAAUUAGUGAGAAGAGAUCUGUCUAUCCCUUCAGAUAUUGAGAGAAAUCACAUGGUGGAGAAGAUAACUAACCACUUGAAGCAAGUAAAUCAGAGACUUUCUCAUUGUUACCCAGCACGGAUAUGAGUCAACAGCCAACCCAUUGCGAGGGGCUUCAUUAGGAAUCUGAUUUUAAUGACAGAGCCAUAACUGUUUGUUGUAUCCACUUCUAUAAUCCAUGCUGAUGUCAGAAGCAGAAAGAUACUGUCUGCACAUCUCACUGCCCGAUAAAAUGAUCAUUCGUAUAUUCCUCCUACCUACAGUUGGCGAUCAGAUGUACUGGAUAAUAAAUGUCUGAAUGCUUCUAGUGUCUCCCAUCCUGUCAAUGUUCUGACUCUGGGCUGUUUGCCAGUCCAAUAUGUGUACUUAUUACAUCCAAAUAUAAAUAAAAUACUAUAAUCUAUUGUGGGGAAGUAACAAAGGUUGAAUCUCACCUUCCCGCCAACCACAUCCUUGCACACUAAUCCCACUCUUUAAAAACACCUUCACUGGACAGGCUGCAGCAACUGAAGGCGAUCACUGCUUCUGCUUGAGGGCAGCUGGGGUGGGUAAUCAUUGCUGGUCUUGUUGACGAUGCCACAUUCAAAUUAGUAUGUUGCCAUAUACACAAGGAUGCAAUGGAACUUCUAGCCACACAUUUAAUGAAGAUUGUUCACAGAUAUACAACUACAGGUUGCAUUGGUAGUCAGAUACCUGAGCAAUGUUGGUAACUGUGAGAUUAGUGACUAGUCUCUGCCUUUUUAAAAAAGGAUUUAUUAACAUUUUUACAUUAUUUAUAUAAUUUUCAUAUCAGUAUUUACAAAUAUAUAUCUAUUUAAAAUAUUGCCAUCCUGUCCAGGAUUCUCUCCAGCUUCUGCAGUGCCAACUGUCGUGGAAGACCUCUUAAAGGCUCUUGGCCACCCUGACUAAAGUCAAAGUCAAGUUUGUUGUAAAAAGUACCCAUAGAUAUAUUUAGAAGUACAAUUAAAAAAAAACAUACUUGCAGCAGCAUCACAGCAUCAUAUCAUAGCAUCAUAUCAACACGGUUUCACAAGAAAAGCAUAAAUUAUACAAAAAAACACAACUAGAGCAAGCCUUGUACAUUUACUGUAAAUACAGUAUAUUGAGAAUUUAUUAUGAUGUGUUAGCAGGACCUGCAACAAGAAAACAACAACAUUCAACAAUUGUAAAGAUUAAAGAAUUGUAUAAAAGAUAAAGUCAAUGGUUAAAAUAAGUUUUUCACACUGAGUAGUAGGUGCAGGGAAUACACUGCCAUCGGUCAUGGUAGAGGCAGAUAUAUUAGGCAUUUAAGAAACUCUUAGGCACAUAGAUGAUAGAAAAAUGGAGGGCUAUGUAGCAGGGUAAGGUGAGAUUGAUCUUAGAGUUGGCUCAACAUUGUGGGCCAAAGGGCCUGCACUGUGCUGUAGUGUUCUGUUUUGUGGAUGGCAUGUAAACAAAAGCUUUUCACAUGUAUCUUAGUCCAUGUGACAAUAAUAAGUUAAUCCAAUCCAACCUGUACGUCUGCAGGUAGAUGAGGCAUAGAAACAUAGAAACUUACAGUUCAAGACAGGCCCUUCAGCCCACAAAGCUAUGCCGAACAUGUCCUUACCUUAGAAAUUACCUAGGGUUACCAUAGCCCUCUAUCUAUUUUUCUGAGCCUUACUUCAGUGGUUGGUAAGUUGAUGGAGAAAAUCCUGAGAGGCAGGAUUUAUGAACAUUUGGAGAGGCAUAAUAUGAUUAGGAAUAGUCCUCAGAUUUAUUUGACUUGUGUUGCGGUGCAUACAGCAGAUUUAACGUAUCACAGGUUCAGAGUUGAUUUCUUGUCUGGAGAAAUGGAAUUCUGUGGAAAUUCCCAGGGGAAGCUGCUGGAAGAACACAGAGGGAAACAAGGCAGAAAUUGGUGGCUUGGGCUCUGAACUUCUGCAGGGAUACUGGGAUAAGGUCCAGUGUAGCCUCUGAGCAGGAGAUUGGCCGAAAGGCCUAUACUAUGCUGUAAUAUUCUAUAUUCUUAAAGUCCAUUGUAAUGCAAAGUGGUUACAGUGUUGUUAUACUGAGGUAGUGACUCGGGUUGAACAGGUAUGUUCAAGAACUGAAUGGUUGAAAGGAAGUAGCUGUUCUUGAACCUAGUGGUGUGAGACUUCAUGCUUCUGUACCUCCUGCCCAAUGGUAGCCAUGAGAAGAUGGCAUGGCUCCAAUAGUGGGAGCCUUUGCUGCUGGAUGUUCACCUUACUAGGCAGUGCCUCCUGUAGAUAUUACUGAUGGUGGGGAGAGAUGUGCCCUUCCUCCCUGUAGCUUCUAACAUUCCUGCAGAUUUGAAUUGCCUUACCAGACCAUGAUGCAACCAGUCAGGAUACUUUGAACAGUAUACCUGUAGAAGCUUGUUAGGGUGUUUGGUGAUAAGCCGAAUGUCCAUAGCCAUCUAAGGCACUAAAUCUGGAUACCUUACUUGUGAUUGCAUCUAUGUGCUGGACCCAAGGCAUAGAUUCAAUCACAUCAAUAAUACCCAGGAAUAUAAAGGCACUGACCCUCUCUGCUGCUGAUUUACCAAUGUAGACUAGAACACGUUCACCCUCCUUUCUUGUAGCAUCCAUCACCAAGUGAAGUCAGUGUGGUGACACAACCCCUUUGACACAAUUUACCUAGGGAGGCCCAAGAAGAUGUUAAUGUUUAAUUAAAGGCUGGCUAAUAUGUGGUACGUCUUUGGGUUGUCCACGUAUUUCCUUCUCAAACAGCUAUGAGGCAGGGAAAUGCAGAAGUGGUUUGUACUGACCCAGAGAGCCUGUGGCUGAAUCAUUUCAGCAAAUUGGAACUUCAAUUGCUUUUUUUCUCUCUCUCCCAUUUAUUUAUUUAUUCAUUAAUUUGUUUAUUUAUUGAUUGAUUGAUUUAGCUAUCAGCACAGUAAUAAGCCCUUCCAGUCCAUCAAGCUUGCACAGUCCAUUUUCAUCCAUAUGACCAAUUAACGUACUAACCGGUACAUCAUUGGAAUGGGAAAGGAAACCAGAGCAUUUUCAUCCAUAUGACCAAUUAACCUACUAACCGGUACAUCCAGAUGACCAAUUAGCCUACUAACCGGUACAACCAGAUGACCAAUUAGCCUACUAACCGGUACAUCGUUGGGAUGGGGAAGGAAACCAGAGCAUCUGGAGGAGACCCACGUGGCAAGGGCGAAAGAAAUUGAACUCAGAUUGCUGGCACUAUGCUGCCGUGCCACUCCUAAAACCCUAAAAUGGAUUCAUUUUCCUUGAAUUCUUGAUGUGCAGGUUAGACUGAGAGCUCAGAUUCUCAUUUCUCAGUUUCUCAGCUGCUACUCGAAGACCAUAAAUCACAGGAGCAUAAUGAAGCCAUUCAGCCCAUAAAAUGUGGCUGAUUGAUUAUUCCUCUCAACCCCAUUCUCCAGCCUUCUGACUGUAAUCUUUGAAGUCCUAUCAAGCUCUGCUUUACUGUAAACAUACCCAAUGAUUUGGUUCCAAGCCGUCUUUGGCAUUAAAUUCCAUGGUUGCACCUCCCUUUAGCCGAAGAAAUUCCUUCUUUUCUUGGUUCUAAGCAGGCGUUCCUGUAUUCUGAGCAAAGUUACCUCUAAGCUGCACAGUAACUGAAAUGCUCCCACACACAUAGCCUUUGUUGCUACACAGCUGGAAUUUUCUUUUAUAAAAUGUUAAUAUAAUUUUGAAAUUAUGCUAAUAUAAUUUUGAAACCUAUGUUAAUAUAAUUGUGAAAUACCCUGUUAUUAAUUAUAUUAAUGAAUAUAAUCCAUAAAUUUUUAAAAUAUUAAACGUACCACCACCUUUACUUUGAAACAUUUUAGAGCUUCAAUGUAUUUACAUUCCCAGUGUUUCAAGUUCCAAAACUGUAACAGAAUGGAAGUCUAUAACUCAUUAUUAAUAAAGUUCUGGCCCGCUGAAUGCCAGCAUCAUUGAAGCUUAAAAGUUUAUGAAAUGUGAACAAUUUUCUUUAUGCACUGUAUUUCAUUAUACACUUCAAUUAAUAAAUAAAAUCAAAAGUGUU